CACAAUCCCCGCAAAGAGGCCAUACUCCAUUAUUAUUAGGCAACGCGGAUUAGCUGCUCAGGCUCUUACUUCAUUCGUGGAAUCUCACCAUGACGAAAUUAUCGUGAAUGCGAACACAUCCGCGUUAUACCUUUCUUAUAUUAAGCCAGGUACGGAGUAGCUACCCUUCACUCUACUAGGUUGCCAUGCCCGGUGGAACAUCCUACCGAGGUAGCAAUAUGCUCCGCAGGCCAAGGUGCAUGUCCAGAUCCAAAGCUUGAAACUUGGAGUUUAUCCAAAAUGUUGUAUAACGGAAAUUGGAGAAGGGGUAUCCUCAUAAGUACCUACAUAUGGCUUCGACUUCCACUCUCGUUAAUCUCUGGUCAUUGAUGGAGGUAGGCCUAAUGAGACUUGGAAGAUAGAAGUCCUCCAAUUCUUUCUCUCCUUGUUUUACCUUGGAAGUCUCGCCACGAUGUCUAUGUGGAGUGCUCUGUGGCUUCUGACCCUCUCUGGGUUACCCCAAAUCACAUCUGCCCAGAGUUUUCCCAACAGCACAACCUCAGCAGAAACGGUCUCUGUGAAAUGGAUUGGCGACACACCUAACCUCAACUCCGGGACGACGUUCGGCCUACCUUGGGCUCGGGGCAAAUAUCCGGCUAACGGAACAGCUUUCACGGGCUCGGGAGGUGAUGGUACUGAGGUACCUCUCCAGUCGUGGGUGACGGCGUACUGGCCAGACGACUCCAUCAAAUGGACCGCACAUGCCCUAAGCGGCUCCGGAACAGUGUACGACGAGUACAGAAUCACUGCGUCGGCCGCCACCGGUAGCAAUCCGACCAACUCUUCCUCGGCGUCAGGACUGACUGUUAGUGAGUCCGAGAGCGAGGUCACCGUCAACACAGGCAAGUUUGCCGCGACGUUCCCCAAAUCUGGAAACACGCUUGUGAGCGAGAUCAAGACAUCCGGCGGAAAAGUUGUUGGGCAGAACGGGCGACUGGUGCUGCGCUCCCAGUCAGGGGUUGUAGAUGACGAGGAUGACGCGACCCAGCCUUCGAUUGACAAGUUCCAAUUCGAGAGCAACAUUGAAGAGGCCACCGUCGAGUAUGACGAGGCCAGCCCGGUACGAGCGUUAGUCACUGUCCGUGGCAAACAUCAGACCACGUCGAGCCCCCAUGACGACUGGCUACCGUUUACCCUGCGUUUCUAUCUUUAUGCGGACUCAGACGCUAUUCGGGUAGUGCAUACUCUCAUAUUCGACGGCAAGCCUGAGAGUGAUUUCGUCACGGGGAUCGGGAUCCGUUUCGAUGUUCCCCUGGCCGGCGAGAAACUGUACAAUCGGCACGUUAGACUAGCGGGCCCUGACGGGGGCCUGCUCCGCGAGGCGGUGCAAGGGCUUACUGGACUGCGAAGAGAUCCUGGACAGAGCGUUCGCACAGCCCAGUUCAACGGAGAAGAAACACCUGCUAUCUCGGCUUGGGACACCCGAGUAUCCACAAGGCUGCAGUGGAUCCCUUCGUGGAACGACUACAAGCUAACUCAGCUGUCCUCCGAGGGGUUUACGGUAUCGAAAAGGACCAAGGCAGGCAAGAGCUGGGUCAAGAUUCCCGGAGGCUCACAAGCGGGUGGGCUGGCUUAUCUCGGAGGUGCUACGCAAGGUGGUCUCGCCGUCGCACUUCGCGACUUCUGGAAGCGGUACCCCACCAGUCUUGACAUCUCAAACGCAGCUUCCGAUGUAGGCCAGAUAACCCUGUGGCUAUACAGCCCGUCCGCCGAGCCUAUGGACCUCCGACCCUUCCACGACGGCUUGGGCGAAGACACAUAUGAGAAGCAACUGGACGCGCUGGAGAUUACCUACGAAGAUUACGAGGAAGGCUACGACACGCCGUACGGCAUCGCGCGAACUAAUGAAAUAUUCAUCUUCCCUUUCGAGAAGACUCCGUCCGCUGACACGUUGUCUGCUUUGACCGCUCACGCCAACGAGCCACCGAUUCUUGCCGCAGAGCCAGGCUACAUCCAGGAAACCAAGGGAGCGGGUUCGUACUGGGCAACAACCCCCGAUAAUCUGACCGAGGCAGCGCAGACGAUUGAAACGCAUCUCGACUUCCUAAUCAAGUACUACGAGGGCCAGAUUUCCGAUAGGCGGUGGUAUGGAUUCUGGGAUCACGGCGAUAUCAUGCAUACCUACGAUUCAGACAGACACACCUGGCGCUACGAUAUCGGAGGGUAUGCGUGGGACAAUUCAGAACUAUCUCCUAACCUCUUUUUCUGGAACUAUUUUCUACGCACGGGAAGGGCAGACGUGUAUCGCUUUGCCGAAGCUCACGCGAGACAUACGGGCGAAGUGGACGUAUAUCACAUUGGGCCAUUUAAGGGCUUCGGAACACGGCAUGGCGUCCAGCACUUCAGCGACAGCUCCAAGCAGAUCCGUGUUUCGACACCCAUCUAUCGCCAAACAUUCUACUAUCUGGCGGCGACGAACGGACCGGCGAGCUCCUCCACGAGCUCAUGGACGCCGACAAGGCCUUCCUCACCGUCGACCCCCGCCGCAAGGUCCGCGACGACAACGGCACCUACCAGAUCGACCCCACGGCCCUCGACCUCGACAUCGGCCUCGACUGGUCCGGCCUCGCAUCGACCUGGUUCCUCGAGUAUGAGCGGCGGGGCCCGCGCUGGGAGGAGGCGAAGGCGAAGCUCAACAGCACCAUGCACAGCAUCGCUGCGCUCAAGAACGGCUUUGUGACCGGUCUCGGGCUGUACAACCUCAACACAGGCGUCAUCGCCCCUCCCGCCACCGACCCCAACAACCUCGGCGACGUCGACGUCUCCCACCUGUCCGCCAGCUUUGGGCUGCCCGAGAUCAUCGCCCAGCUGACCGACUACCUCGGCGCCGACCUGCCCGCCGGCUUCGAGAGCGCCUGGCUCGACUACUGCUACUACUAUGGCGCCGGGGCCGCCGAGCAGACGGCCCGCUACGGCGAGAGCUUCGGCAGCUUGAAUCUCAAGCAGGGACACUCCCGGCUCACGGCGUACGCGGCUAAGAAGACAGGUAAUGACACGCUGGCCGCGCGCGCGUGGUCGGAGUUCCUGGGUACGGACGGCUUGGCGCCGACGCUGCCGUGGUCGAGUGUAAGGGUCAAUGGAAGCGAGGCGCUGGUGGCGGUGGAUGAGGCGGCGUGGGUCUCAACGAAUGAUGCGGCGCUGUAUGGGCUGGCGGCGAUAGAGAACUUGGCGCAGGUUGGGUUUGCGCUGUAGAUGUGUUAACUGUUUAGCUGCGAGGUUCGGUUCGCGAUGUAUAUGGAUUGAGUUACAAGCACUACUUACCUAACUAAUAUAUCCCAAUAUCA